CCAUGAUCAUGUUUUCCUCACUACAUACCAAAAACCUCCAAUCACAACAAACUGGUCAUCAUGGCACGAGGGGACAAACUAUGCCUCAAAGCUUAACCGUAUCUCUCGUGGUUCCUCCAGUGUCAAUCCUCAUGCCAAUGACGGCUUACGUCAUGUGCGCCAGCUGCGAUGACAGCUUUAGGCAUCCGCGCCUCUAUUAGAGUUGCACAUGUAGCUCUCGCCCUUUUCAACCUCUCAAGCUCCCCCUCCAACAUGAAUCCUCCAUCAUCAUUGUUUCAACAUGUCGGAAUCUCGAGAAAUACCAAAAUUUACCGUCGAUCUAUCCCAAGCUCCCAAGACCCGCUAUGACCAUAUCAUUCCGCACUUCAAGACCGCCGUGGACUCAUGCGAUCUACCCUCCCUAUUCUAUGACUUGCUGAAUGAACUUGCUGGCAGAUUCGCCGGGAAAAUACUAGCUGCUGUCUCGCCGCUCAUCAUGCGACGCGUCCAUUCUCAAGAAGAAAAGGCAGAAUUGACCGGUAUCUCGAAAGCGAUCGACAUUCCCAUGCAUAUCCUCGUGGCCUUUAAUGUUCUCUUGGAUCUUCUGCUGGGAUGCACGAGCGGCGGGGUAAGAACGCUUGAUCCAGAUUCUGGUGGGAAAGCAACACGGAUGCUCCAUUUUCGGACUCUCGACUGGGGAAUGGAUCAAUUAAGACAGAUUAUCGUCGAGCUCGACUUUGUUCGUACUCCUGGAGGUCCUGUCAUUGCGACAACAGUUGGAUAUCUUGGAUACGUUGGAGUAUUGACAGGAGUGCGACAAGGCCUGAGUUUGAGUUUGAACUUCAGACCGUAUCAUGCCACAGAGACUCUUCGACAAAGACUUUCCUAUAGAUGCAACCAGGCGAUGGUGGUUCUUGGAUACAGGAAGUCUAUCUCAAGCAGUUUGAGACACAUUCUAUUAGAUGAUUCUACGAUACAGGAGAGACAGUCCGGCGAAGUAAACGAGAUGGACAAUGUCAGUCCUGAUUCGCAGAACCAAUAUGUACAAAAAGUCCUGACAGAACUAUCCACAUCGAACUCAACUGCCGCAUAUCUCAUCCUCUGCCAACCAGACCGCGUAUUCGUGAUCGAGAAAGACCACCGAAGUGCAUCAAUUCGCGAAUCCGACACAUUCCUCACGGCCUACAACCACGACGUCAAAGACGAAGACAACCCUGCGCAUCUCCAACAAGCCGCAGCAGAACUUGCCGAAGGUGACGAUGCAAUAGGCAUGGCUGACCUGGUGGCUUACUCACUUGAAAGAAAGCACGAUCUGGAUGAUCUAUGGAGAAAGCGUGUUCGAGCUUGUAAAAGAAGGUACAAGCAACGGAAUGAUGUUGUGACGAGCUCUGAUGUGGUCAAGUUCUUGCAGAAUGAUAUGAUUGUGAAUGAGGAGACGCAUUAUGCUGUCAUCAUGGAUCCGAAGGAGGGGAAGGUCACAUGGCGGAGGGCGUAUGAGUAUGUCAGUGAGAGUGAAGGCUGGAAUACGGAGGAGAAUUGAGAAUCUCAAGACGCAUCACAGGCAAAGUACCUGUUACAGGUGCUCAGAAUCAAUCCGGAAGCUAUAAUUCAACACGCGAGUGGCUUAUUUAGGUGCAAAGGUCUCUUCAAGGCUGGAUGAAUUAACAAAAUUAACUGUUCUAAGCAUUGAGCACUGUACAAAAAAGCAUUAUGUACCUGUGAUAGAGCCAAUUAAUCUUAG